AUGUACUCCACAAGGACAGCUGUCACCAAUGCACUCCACAAGGACAGCUGCCACCAAUGCACUCACAAAACAACUGCCACCAAUGCACCCACAAGGACAGCUGCCACCAAUGCACUCACAAGGACAGCUCCACCAAUGACCACAAGGACAGCUGCCACCAAUGUACUCCACAAGGACAGCCACACCAAUGUACUCCAAACACAGCUGCCACCAAUGCACUCACAAGGACAGCUGCCACCAAUGUACUCACAAACACAACUGUCACCAAUGAACUCACAAAUACAACUGUCACCAAUGAACUCACAAAUACAAUUGUCACCAAUGAACUCACAAACACAGCUGCCACCAAUGCACUCACAAGGACAGCUGCCACCAAUGCACUCACAAAUACAACUGCCACCAAUGAACUCACAAGGACAGCUGCCACACACAUUCACAAGGACAGCUGCCACCAAUGCACUCACAAGGACAGCUGCCACCAAUGCACUCACAAGGACAGCUGCCACCAAUGUACUCACAAACACAGCUGCCACCAAUGCACUCACAAGGACAGCUGCCACCAAUUUACGUCAGCGAUUCGUGCCAACAAUACAUUUCCGAGGGAAGCUUUGA